UACCAAGUGUACUUUGAGGCACCCACCUGCCAAGGGGACCCUAAAAAUAUCUUCCUCGUGGGGGACUACUCCUCAUCAGCUGAAUUCUUUGUCACCGUGGCCGUAUUUGCCUUCCUCUACUCCAUGGGGGCUCUGGCUACCUACAUCUUCCUGCAGAACAAGUACCGAGAGAACAACAAAGGGCCCAUGCUGGACUUUCUGGCCACGGCAGUGUUCGCCUUCAUGUGGCUGGUUAGCUCGUCGGCCUGGGCCAAGGGGCUGUCAGAUGUGAAGAUGGCCACGGACCCAGAGAACAUUAUCAAGGGGAUGCCUGUCUGCCACCAGACGGGGAAUACAUGCAAGGAGCUGAGGGACCCUGUGACCUCUGGCCUCAACACCUCGGUGGUGUUUGGCUUCCUGAACCUGGUGCUCUGGGUCGGCAACCUGUGGUUCGUAUUCAAGGAGACAGGCUGGGCCGCCCCAUUCCUGCGCGCUCCUCCCGGCGCCCCCGAGAAGCAACCGGCGCCCGGGGAUGCCUACGGCGAGGCAGGCUACGGGCAGGGCCCCGGCGGGUACGGGCCCCAGGACUCCUACGGGCCCCAGGGCGGCUAUCAGCCUGACUACGGGCAGCCCGCCGGUGGCGGUGGCGGUGGCUACGGGCCUCAGGGCGACUACGGGCAGCAAGGCUAUGGCCCUCAGGGUGCACCCACCUCCUUCUCCAAUCAGAUGUAGUCUGGUCAGUGCAGCCCGGGAGGACCCCGUUGGUAGGCAAGAGCUCAGGAGAAGGACUGCCCCCUGUUCCCAUCCCUACACCCCAGGUCUCCACCCCUCAAACCAGGAGACC